CUCGAGCUCCUUCUUCCGCGGAAAUUACGUGGAAAAACAAGCAAAACAUGAACAAGUCUAAAUCAAGAUCCUUUCAAAAGUUGUGGCAUAUAAGCCAACGGGUGUUGUCUGGCAGCAAGCGAAUAGUCGAAGCAUUCCCACCUUGAGCAGACGAGGCUACUGCUGCAAUUCCUCAAUAUAAAACAAGUUCUCGCUGCUCCCUCCUCUAGUUCUGUUCCGCUCUUUGUUCAGUGGAAUCAUGUCGCAAUUGUCCCUCAUUUUCGGGCCUAUGCUCGUCGGUGUCUUCUUGAAUUGUAUUCUUUAUGGUGUCCUCGCUGUACAGACCUUUAUCUAUUUUCAAACAUACAAGAAAGACAACCCACGCAUUAAAGCCUUUGUGUGGUAUCUUUACAUAUUGGAAACUCUGAAUACUGGCUUUGACAUCGGCAUGAUGCUGGAGCCACUGGUAUUCAGAUACGGAACUGAGAGAGCAGUCUCACGAGUUCCAAUAAUGCUUUCAGCUGAUCCUAUUGUGACUGUAUUGAUCUCCACCCCGGUUCAAAUUUUCAUGGCUUGGCGUAUCAAAGUAAUCAGUGGAUCCAAGUGGUUGUUUUAUGCUAUCACAUUCUUCGCUGUGUGCUCAUUCAUCGGCGGGUUAGCAAACACCAUCGCCGUGACAAUCAUCAACCAAUACGCCAAUCUUCACCAAUUCGAUGGAUCGGUAAUUACUUGGCUAGCAUCCUCUGCGGUCACAGAUAUUCUGAUAACGGUGUCUUUGGUCUGGAGUUUGUGGAGGAAACGAACUAAUGUUCGAGCUACUGAUGACGCGAUAUCUCGAAUCAUACGAUUGACAGUGCAAACGGGGGCAAUAACAGCCGUGUCUGCAACGUUAGAUGUGAUAUUGUUUCUGGCAGUCCCUAAUACCACAGUGAACUUUGUGUGGGAUUUCGCAUUGUCAAAACUAUACACCAACGCAUUGAUGAGCACUCUCAAUGCGCGAGUAGGAUGGGCUAAUCUCAAUGGUCGAUCUCUCCCUGGAAACAGUGUUCUCUUCGCCAAUGAACCCAAUUCUGGGAUCACAGACUCCUCCAAUACUCGGAUUGGGCCAUUCAGAGUUAGCGAAUCAUUACCACAGGGGUAUAUGAGCUCAACGUCAAUGAACCCUGGAAUCACACAGGAUCUAUACCCUCUAAAGCAGAUGACGGGGAUAGCAGAAUGGCUUCCCAUUCCACUAGUGAUCUGGAGAGCGGAAUUGUGGUGAGGACAGUAGUGAAUAAAUUAGCAGAUCCGGUACCACGAUCAAAAUAGACACAACCCAGCAAACAAUCACUUGAUGAAGCAUACCCUUGUC